UUGUUUAGAUAUUGUUACGUUGGAAGUGGUGACGGACAUUUGGAAGUGUUCAAAAACAAGGAAUAUGGCAAUUUGCUGGAGCGCAUCAAAACGGACCAUCCGAUGGGUGUCGAUUGUGUGCAACAGCUGAGACCGGGACUUCUACUGACCGCCUCAAAUGAAGACAGUCAGCUCAGGAUAACCAAUGUCAGUCCAAAUAAAAAUAUUGGUACGAUUGGUGUUCAUACCGGUGGCGUCCAACAGCUAGCCAUUACCUCAGAUGCAAAAUGCCUUAUCACUGUGGGAUGGGAAGAUUCAAAUGUAAAACUCUGCUUUGCAAUGGAAGAAGAACGAAUUAGCUGUUUGGCCUGCGGCUCACUGUCCAGUCUCAAUAUCUGUCCACGAUGUUGUCUCGCAUAUUGCUCGGUGAAAUGUUAUCGCAGUGAAAUGCAUCGCGCUUGCAGCGAAUCAUUCUACCGCGAAUGCGUGGAGAAGGAGUUGCGUGCACGUGGUUGCAACGAAGCCAAUAACUCAACGAAGACGUUCGAAGAAUUCAUGAGCGAGCAGUACGGAAGUGGAGGAGCUCAGAUGGAUUCAAACGGUUGUUUGGCGGAAUAUCAGUCAGCUGAUGAGCGCGACCUAGAUCGACAGCUUACGCUUCUUGGCGUUGGCCUCAACGACAACAAUCUUGUUAGCGCACUCAGUGGUGAUGAACUGAAAUCAUUUACGGCGUUGUAUGAAAGACUUGAAGCCGAGGCUUCCGGCCUCGGCAAGUCUGUGUUCAAAAAGAAGUCAUCGUGUUCGGACUGA